CCAAAAUAAUUUCCCUGUCGCGUUUCCUGCAGAACCCAAGAGGCACGCACAACACAGAGUGAGGGAGAGAGAGCGAGCGAGCGAGCGAGCGAGAGAGAGGGAGGGAGUGCUCCCAAUUCGUGCAUACCCUUUUCGUCGCUUGUCUCGCUCGAGCUCUCUCUCUUCCUCUCUCGGGAUUUCCCGAGUAUCUUGAAGGCUUUGGAGGCCUGUGUAUCUAUACCUUGAGAAGAAUGGGAAGUCACGAUGCUGCUAAAUUUUCUAGAAUCAAUGAGGCUGAAGCUUCAGAAAGCACCAUUGAGAUCAAAAUUAAAACCUUGGAUUCACAGACUUACUCAUUGAGAGUGAAUAAGCAGGUUUCAGUCCCUGCUUUGAAAGAGCAGGUAGCUUCAGUCACUGGGGUUGUCUCUGAGCAGCAGCGUCUGAUAUGCCGUGGGAAGGUAUUGAAGGACGAUCAGCUCCUGUCUGCUUACCAUGUUGAAGAUGGUCAUACAUUGCAUCUGGUUGUGAGGCAACCGGUUCCACCAUCAUCGGAGGGGACGCCCGCUCAUGCAGCCACAAGCCAUAGUCACAGUAGCCAUGUAGCUCCAGGUGUCGUGAUUGAGACUUUCAAUUUGCCUGAUCAAGGUGAUGGGGUUCCCCCAGAAAUCGGUCGGAUCGUGUCUGCUGUACUCAGUUCUUUUGGAAUCACGAAUCCGGGGAGCAGCAAUGAAGGGAGAUCUGAGAGAACAUCGGGUGCCAGCAGUACGUUACAUUUAGGCCAGGUGCCAUCCGAACAGUCUGGCAUGAGAGGUCAAUCUGGCAGAUGGCCUGGUGCUUUUGGACUUCCUACAAAUAUCUCUAUGGGGCAACCUCCAGUUAUACCUGAUUCCUUGACAACUAUGUCCCAGUGUUUAAGUUAUAUAAAGAGUGAAUUUGAAGACAUUGGUAGAGGCAGUGGAAACAAUGCCCAAAUGUCUGCUUCAAAUAGACCUGACAAUAGAGACCCAAACUCUGCAUCACAACCAGGGGCUAUACCAGAAGGUCUUCCAACACCUGCAUCUUUGGCUGAAAUUAUGCUCUCAACUAGACAAAUGCUAAUUGAACAAGUGGCAGAAUGUUUACAGCUAUGUGCGAGUCAACUACAAAAUCAGGGGGGUGUUACUGAUCCAGUGAUGCGGUCAAGCACUCAUAAUACUGCCAUGAGAAUGGGGAUGCUUUUUCACUAUCUUGGUGCUUAUAUACUGGAACUUGGUCGCACAGCGAUGACAUUGAGAUUAGGUCAAACAGCGUCUGAAGCUGUAGUCAAUGCUGGACCAGCGAUUUACAUUUCUCCAUCUGGUCCUAAUCCUCUAAUGGUUCAGGCAAUGUCCUACACAUCGUAUUCAACCUGCACCAUUUCAGAUGGGAACUGGUUUUGUUUGUGCUGUUCCCCAACGGCUGGAUCAAAUGCUAAUGGAGAAGAAAGUGUCAACAUUCAGCAACCAUCGGUCCCAAGAAGUGCUGGUGCUGCUACUACAGCAGCUGCUGCAAACCCCAGUGGAGAAAAUCCUAUUAGCCUCUCAUCUUCAGGGGCCUCUGAGGCUCCAACUCCAUCUUUUACUGGAGAGUCCGGUGUACGGGUAGUGCCUAUCAGAACCAUGGUUGCAGCAGUCCCAGCUCCCUUCAGUAGACUGUCAUCAGAUUCUCCCAGUAACUCGGCCGGGAUAUACUAUCCAUUGAUCGGAAGAUUUCAACAUGCUGGAAGUGUGGCUGGUGAAAGAGGAUCCCAUGCUUCAUCUGAGCAACAUCCAACUCUUGUGGAAACUGUUCAGCAAGCAAUACCUGAGUCUUUGCUUCACCAGCAAACCCCUGUAGAACCUGGAAGAGAUGGUUCAUCUACAACUGAUCUAAGAAGGCAGGAACCAUCUGUUUCUAGGAGUGUAAAUAUUAACAUUAUAUCUUCUGGUGGGUCACAAACUAAUGGAGAAACUGAGAGACAAGUCCCUGGCAGUGUUGUUCAGUUUCUAAGGAGCCUAUUUCCUGGUGGUGACAUUCGUGUAGAGGGUUCCAGCAUCGAUGGGACGGUGAUAGGAUCUGCCUCUCAGGAUGCGGGGACAUCAGCUGGUGCCAUGAAUGCUCCAGAAUCAGAAAAUAGAGCAAGUGAUGAUGGAAUAUUUCUAUCGAAUUUGCUUCACCAGAUCAUGCCCUUCAUAUCUGAACAUGCAGUUGCUGGGUCAAAUCCAAUGAGUGGUGAAGAAUCAAACAUUACAGCACACAGAACAGCUGAAGGUUCAUCCACUGAGCCUGAGGCUGAGAGCUCUGAUAUGGGGACAUCACGUGGGCGGAAUGAUCUUGACCAGUCUCCUCCCAACACAAAGCGUCAAAAGAGAGAGUGAUUUAUGAUGAUGCGACAGCAUAGAGUUUGGAUGCGAGAGAACCAGCUAUGCAGUUUCUUCAUUAGCUUGGUGACGAGAUUCACAUACUGUCAGUGUAAUGCGCCUUGUUCUUUUUCUUCUGCGAGCAGGAAAGCAUAGAGAUUUCUGGGGAGAGAGACAGCAGCAUUUUCUGCUGUAUAUUCAUUUGUCAAACACUUUCCUUUUUUCAUAUGAAUGCUUGCACAAUCCCAGAGUGAAAGCGUGAUGAUAAGGUGAGAUGUAACAGUGUCCUAAGAAUUCCUUUGGUCUCAUGAGAUAGCUUGGAUUUUCUUGUCUUUUUUCUGUCUCAUCGUGUGCUGUCUUUGGGAGCAACUUGAUGAAAACCUGUAAAAAUAUUGUCGGAUACAUACAGGAACGUGAAAGGGAUAUUUCUUUUUCUUGUUUGCUA